GACCAACUGCAAACAGCUCUUUGGGUUACAGUAGUAUUAUGCACAUGUUGGAAUCAGACGAUCACUGGUGGCCUGCUUCGCCGGCUGCUCGCACCUUGUCUUCGGCGGAUCCCCUGGAAAUCUUAAUGCCGUAAUCCAAUACUUACUUAACCAUUCCUGCGUGUGUUUAGUUGGGGAAUACCCUUAUGGAAAGGGGAAUAUAUGGAUUUCAACAAGCUUCGUUUAUACCGUGCCAGUAAGCUCUCAUUGGAGGUUUCAUGCAACAAAUUAUGUUGCUUCUGCGGCGACACUACAAGUGUUUUAUGCAGUACAGCAAGCCGGAAGUAAUCAAAGUGGAAAUUACAUAGAUAGGCAUGCAAUCGAAGUAGAAUUUACAGGGGGAAAACAUCUUUAUUUCAAUAGGAGAAACUAUAUAUAGAAGGGCAUGAGCAUGGCAAGUCCUUUUGAGCUAACGCAGAUGCAACUUUACAAAGUAGCAGAAAAGGUCAACCCUGAUGACUGGCUUAGCCUUGGGAUUCGUCUUGGUUUCGUGUAUAAUGAAAUCCUGGUCUGGAAAGAAGAAUAUAAAGGGGAUAUCAAGAAUGGGAUUUUCAAUAUGUUGCGCACCUGGCUUGGUAUGUAUCCUAACUUUACCCAACCGGACGCCAGGAAGUUUUUGAUUGACCAAUUCAAAGAAAUGGAACGGAUGGAUCUGGCGUACUUGCUUACCAAAACAGAAGUCGGUUUCGUACCACCCCAUAAAGUUGCAGUCAUUGGUUCAUCGAGACAAUUCGAGUACGAGGUCAGGACUUAUCAGCAAGAAAAAGAACUUUCAUUCAGGGUGUCCAUGCAUUCGAGCGAAGGACAGGUACCGCUCUCCCUGAUCUUAGACUGCCUAACCGAACCUAACGAGUUUGCCAUCAGGCUGUGUACAUGCAUCCAUAUACUCGGACUAAGACUCAUCCGGAUGCAACUGCCCGACGAUGGUACCGGAAGUAGUAUGAAGGUCACGGUCGCUUCGAUUGAUGAAGAUGGCGUUCUGGAGUUGCAGAAGAGGGUGAAGUCAUUACCGAAUCGCUUUGCUGAUGACCUGAAUGAUGUCAUUUGCAAACAUAUUGCCGCUGGUAUGGAGAGGUCAACGAUUUCUCUGAAAACCUGGUUCUCUGAGAAGGACGAGAGGGAAAUUGGACAGAUCAUCGAACACUUCCGAAAAGAAGCAAACACAAGACCAUCUGAUGCUAAGCCUUUGCGUGUCAAUGACCUAGAACUGGUAAGACUUGCAAAAAAACUAGAUGCCUCGUUGGUAACGGAGCUCGGGUUGAAAUUAGGUAUGUCGGACGCCGAAAUCAAUAACCUUUGGGCCAUGUCAAGCAGAUCAAAGUUCGAGCAUAUACUGUUUAGUUGGAAAUCGAAGCACAAUCCGUGUAUGAACGACAUUCCUGUUUUGGCUGAAAUUCUGGAGUCAGUUGGUGCCAGUCGUCUUGCUUCGAAACUAAGGAAAGGGGAGCUGAGGGAAAGUGAGAAAGAGGAACAAAGAAGAACGUACCUUCAGCGGGUAUCUGCUCACUCUUCGAUGAUUAGCGCCAUGCUGUCCCUUAAACUAAAGCAUCCAAGUAAUCAAGUCCCGCCUUCAGGUGCAGCUUCUGGUGCAGGAAUCUCACAGUGCCACAAAUACGUAAACUACCCACCUGAGGACACCAAAGAAAAUAAAUUUGUACAACACACGUACGUCAACACUACAGGUUUGCAGGAUGAAGGGCGCCCUCCCCAAGGGCAAGGCACUGCUGAUUCUAGCACCAAGGAACCCGACUAUGAAAGCAUCAUCUUUCGCACUGAAGAUGCGAAGCCAACUGAGAAACAGGCAAAUAUAGCAGCUGAAGCGAAUCCUGAUUACGAAAUGAUUAAGGAUGCCAACGGAGGAGAGAUGCAAACUGCUCGAGAUGAAAAUUAUCAUACUUAUGUACAACUAAGAGAACCCGGAAUUCAGAAAGGCGGUGAGAGGAGGAUAUCUCAUAAGCGACUGGGAACAUCUGCGAUACCAGUUAUUGACAGAAUGGACUUUUCCAUUCUUGAAGACAUGUGGGACAGGCUAGAUGUUUUCGGCGUUACUAGGGAUGACACAAUGCACAUAGCAGGCUUGGUGAAGCUAGCACACGCUCUCGACCGUAUGAAUCAACGUGACAUUGCGGAUGCCGUAUGGAUAUCGCUAAUAAGGGAGAACAUGAAAAACGAAUACCUGCAUAAAUUUGUUACCGGAAGUAUAAAGGUUGUUCCACGGGUCAUCACGAAUAGACAAGACUUUGAAAUGGGACAAUUGACAACUCUUGAGGAGGUCGUUAAUCGGACAAAGGCUCUCGAGUAUCCUAGUCGCAUUUUCAUCGAGGCCAACGAACCACUUGACCGGCUAAUGGUGGCAGAGAAGCUCGGCUACGAUUGGGCCAUAGAGAAGGAUCCGCACAGUCCGUUGGGGAACGUUGAUUUGCUUUACGUCUUGAACGUUGCUGACAUCGCUCCUGGGUCAUCCGUUGGGGGCGCUGUAGCAUCUCAACGCGUAUGUAAGGAAUUCGAGCUGACUGAAGGUCGAAUUGAAGAUUAUUUCAAGAGCACCAUGACAGAAUAUGUCAUAGUCUUAAGGGGAGAUGAGAAUGACUUCCAGAAACUAUUAUCAGUCGCGCCGUUGGAUGAAAGUAAAUAUGGAUUCUCAGAUCUAAUUAAAGGAAAAUAUCUAAGCCACUGUAUUGUGAUAAUGACAAUUGGUCCACAAGCGCUCGCGGAAGGUCCUAAAAACUUCGCACAUUACAAACUUUUACAAACCCCAAACUCAGCAGCGUCAGAUUGCUAGAAAAUUAAAAGGUUUGUUCACAGACAAUGAGUCGCCGCCUGAAAUUAAUUCAAUAUGGUAUAAGGUAUGGUAUCUUAAUUAUAACCAUGGACCUAAUAGUCCAUGCUCUUGUAACGGCAUCAAAAUACUCGUUUGGAGGGUUUGUUCGAGAAAAUGUCAUUAAUUAAAGAUAUUGUUUAAAUUUUUGAGCAGCCGAUUUAAAUAAUUCUCAAAUCAAGAUGAAACAUGUGAGAAGUGCAUGUA